GAUCUUCUGCGGUGGCCACAAAUCAGCAAGUGCAGAUCACCUGAACUGGAGACAUUUUCAUGUUAUUGGACUGAUGGAAAUUUUUAUAAUCUAACUGCUCCAGGAACAAUACAGCUAUUGUAUAUGAAAAGGAAUGAUGAAGACUGGAAAGAAUGUCCUGAUUAUAUCACCGCAGGAGAAAAGAGCUGUUAUUUCAACACGUCUUACACCUCUAUUUGGAUACCAUAUUGUGUUAAGCUUGCCAAUAAAGAUGAAGUAUUUGAUGAAAAAUGUUUCAGUGUUGAUGAAAUAGUACUACCUGAUCCCCCUGUCCACCUUAACUGGACUCUGCUAAAUACUAGUCAGACUGGGAUCCAUGGGGAUAUCCAAGUAAGAUGGGAUCCGCCACCAACAGCAGAUGUUCAGAAGGGAUGGAUUACUCUGGAGUAUGAAUUGCAGUACAAAGAAGUUAAUGAGACAAAAUGGAAGGAGUUAGAACCCAGGCUCUCAACAAUGGUCCCACUGUACUCUCUGAAGACGGGAAGAGAUUAUGAGAUAAGAGUUCGAUCAAGACAACGGACUUCUGAAAAAUUCGGGGAGUUCAGUGAAAUUCUUUAUGUAUCUUUUUCUCAAGCAAGUCUUGAACUUGUUCAUUGUCCUGAAGAAAUUGAGUUUCCCUGGUUCUUAGUUGUCAUCUUUGGAGCAUGUGGGCUGGCUGUAACAGGGAUCUUAGUCCUGUUGUCUAAACAACCAAGAUUAAAAAUGCUGAUUUUUCCUCCUGUGCCAGUUCCAAAGAUUAAAGGGAUUGACCCCGAUCUCCUAAAGGUAAUGUUAUGAUCUAAAAUCUUCAGAGUGGGAAUCGUU